AUAAAUAAUUUCAAUGAUCUAACCUGUAACUUUCAUUACUUUUUUUUCAUAAUCCUGGAAUAUGUAAUGUAUAUGUAAUAUACUAUGUUGUAUAUAUUUAGCAAAUCUAUGAAUUUGUAAUCAAUGAAAGGAAUAUAAUUCAAAUUUUGUGAUUACACAACCAUUUCAUAGUAGGAGAACAUUAUUCAUGGAUGCUGUUUUCUAAGGUCUUAAAUUUUUGUACCUCCAGUAUUACGAAAAAAAUGGGAACUAUUAAGAGAGGAGCACUUAUCGUUAUUGAAGGUGUCGACAGAUCGGGAAAGUCGACACAAUGUAAAAAAUUAGUUGAGGCUCUUAAAACAAAAAAUAUAGCAGCCCAACUUAUGAAUUUUCCUGAUCGAACUACACUAACUGGAAAACUUAUUGACGAGUAUCUGCGAAACGAACAAUUCAAGGUAAAUGAUCAUGCAAUUCACUUAUUAUUCUCAGCAAAUCGUUGGGAAAAUGUGGAAAAAAUCAAUUCACUUCUGUAUGAUGGGGUUACUCUGGUUAUUGAUAGAUAUUCAUAUUCAGGAGUUGUAUUCUCUGCUGCUAAGACGAAUAUGGAUAUGAAAUGGUGUCAGCAUCCUGAAAACGGACUUCCGAAACCUGAUCUAGUAUUCCUUUUAACUCUCAGCCAAGAAGAAAUGUUGUCCAGGCCAGGAUUUGGUAUGGAACGCUACGAAAAUUCUUCUUUUCAAAAUAAUGUUGCCAAAAUGUACAGUCAGGUGUGCGAUGAAAAAGAUAAUUGGAUAAAAGUCAAUGCAGCGGGUACCAUAGACGAAGUACAUGAAAAAUUAUUGGCAGCAACAGUUGAAAAAAUUGAUGAAGUUGGUUCAACUCCUCUGGGAACUUUGAAUUUUGAUAAUUCAAUUGCUAACAGUUGAGAGGAAACUAUCAUUUUUAAUAAUUUGUUUAGAAAAAUUUAUAUUUUGUCACUUUUUAUACACUAUAUGUGGGGGGGUAAUAACUAACUUCAUGUGAAAUAGUACUUAUAAUGCAGUUUGUAAGUUAUAUCAUAUUAAAAUUCAUAAAACUUGUUUCUCAAUGUUAUUUUACAAAUUUGCUGGAGUAUUUUUGAAGACUGAUUAAAUUAAUUCACUCAAAAACAGGA